CUGUUUAUGGCUACUUUAAACUUAGGCUCAGCUUCUCACUUUGUUGACCAGCUUCAACAACGCCCUGAUCUCCACCUAGAUUCGCCGCCCAGCUCCGAUCAUGUCACUAAUCUCAACCACUUCAACGGCAGUGGCGGCUCCGGUGGUAGCGGAGAUGCUAUGGUUCGUCGACCGAGGGGUCGCCCAGCCGGGUCCAAGAACAAGCCAAAGCCACCCGUGAUCAUCACGCGCGAGAGCGCUAAUACCCUCCGAGCUCAUAUCUUGGAAAUCGGUAGCGGAUAUGAUGUGUUCGAGGCUGUGGCUGGCUAUGCGCGACGGCGACAACGAGGGAUCUGUGUGUUGAGUGGAAGUGGGAUAGUGAAUAAUGUUAGCUUACGACAACCGGCUGCGGCUGGAUCCGUGUUGACGUUGCAAGGGAGGUUUGAGAUUUUGUCCCUGUCGGGAUCGUUCUUACCACCACCUGCUCCACCAGGUGCUACUAGUCUUACGAUUUUCUUGGCCGGAGGUCAAGGACAAGUGGUCGGAGGGAAUGUCGUGGGAGCUUUGAUUGCGUCGGGGCCUGUCAUCGUUAUAGCAUCGUCGUUCAGUAACGUUGCAUACGAGAGGCUACCGUUGGAUGAAGAAGAAUUGUCGAUGCCUGCAGCUGGUGGGGACGGAGAUGGAGGCGAGGGCGGGGGCGGUGAUGGCCACGACAACCCUUUUCCCGACGGAUCUUCGGGUUUGCCCUUUCUAAAUCUGCCUAUGAAUAUGCCAAAUCAGAAUCAAUUUUUUGGUUGA